CCUCCUCCUCCAUCACCACCACCUCCUCCUCCUCUUCCUCUCUCUCUCUCGCCGUCUCUCUUUCUCUCUCCCUCUCUCUCUCUUGUAAUCCAACAAGUAUCGCGCGCUCCGCAUGCGGCUGAAGACAUUUUUUGAAGGGGAAAAGAUUCAUCCGCGCUCCAGUAUUGUUAUGUGCCUCUACAGCAGCUCUAUUAAUCGAUUUGUUGCAGGCUGUUAGGACGUCAUGACAGCCGAAAAGACUAUUCCCAUUAUAAAUGGCAAACCGGACGACGCGAUGGACGCCGAGGCUUCCAACACCAACCUGGUUCGCAGCAACGACAAGAAGGUGGUGAACGAGAGAGGCCAGUGGAACAAUAAGAUAGAGUUUGUGCUGUCUGUGGCCGGAGAGAUUAUCGGACUUGGCAACGUCUGGAGGUUCCCCUACCUCUGUUACAAGAAUGGAGGAGGUGCUUUCUUCGUGCCUUACGUCAUCUUCUUUGUCUGCUGUGGGAUCCCAGUGUUCUUCUUGGAGACAGCACUGGGCCAGUUCACCAGUGAAGGGGGCAUCACAUGUUGGCGAAAAGUUUGUCCACUCUUUGAAGGUAUCGGCUAUGCGACUCAAGUCAUUGAAGCUCACCUGAACGUGUAUUAUGUGGUGAUCUUGUCGUGGGCCAUCUUCUACCUGUUAAACUGCUUCACAACAGAACUACCCUGGGCCAACUGUGGCCACUACUGGAACACAGAAAACUGUGUGGAUUUCAACAAUGCCAGCAUCGAAAACCUCACCAACCCGUACGCCACCUCACCAGUUAUGGAGUUCUGGGAGCGCCGUGUGCUCAGUAUAUCUGAUGGAAUUGAACAUGUUGGAAAGCUGCGCUGGGAGCUAGCCCUGUGUCUGCUGGUGGCCUGGAUCAUCUGUUAUUUCUGCAUAUGGAAAGGCCCCAAAUCUACUGGCAAGGUGGUGUACGUCACAGCCACCUUCCCCUACUUCAUGCUGGUGAUCCUGUUGAUCCGUGGAAUCACACUGCCUGGUGCAGCUGAUGGAAUUAAAUUCUACCUGUAUCCUGAUAUCUCUCGUCUCUCAGACCCACAGGUGUGGGUGGACGCUGGUACUCAGAUCUUCUUCUCCUAUGCUAUCUGUCUGGGCUGUCUGACGGCUCUUGGAAGCUACAACAGCUACAAUAAUAACUGCUACAGGGACUGCAUCAUGCUGUGCUGUUUGAACAGUGGUACCAGCUUUGUGGCAGGUUUUGCCAUCUUCUCCGUCCUGGGCUUCAUGGCCUAUGAGCAGAACGUGCCGAUCGAGGCUGUGGCAGAGUCAGGACCUGGUCUGGCCUUUAUUGCUUAUCCGAAGGCCGUAACCAUGAUGCCCUGGGCUCCUCUGUGGGCAUUUUUCUUCUUCGUGAUGCUCAUCUUCCUUGGGCUGGACAGUCAGUUUGUGUGUGUAGAGAGUCUUGUGACCGCAGUGGUGGACAUGUACCCCAAAACCUUCAGAGUGGGCUACCGUAGAGAACUGCUCAUCCUAGGAAUGUCUGUGGUCUCCUAUCUGUUGGGUCUAACCAUGUUAACUGAGGGUGGGAUGUAUGUGUUCCAGCUGUUCGACUCGUACGCUGCCAGCGGGAUGUGCCUGCUGUUCGUGGCCAUCUUCGAGUCCAUCUGUAUUGGGUGGGUCUACGGCAGUGACAGGUUUUACAUGAACAUUGAGGAUAUGAUUGGCUAUAAGCCCAUCUUCUUCAUCAAGUGGUGCUGGAAAAUCCUCACCCCCGGCAUCUGCUCUGGUAUAUUCCUGUUCUUCCUGAUUAAGUAUAAGCCUCUGAAGUAUAAUAACGUCUACACGUAUCCGGACUGGGGCUAUGGGAUUGGCUGGACGAUGGCCAUGUCCUCCAUGGUCUGCAUUCCUCUGGGCAUCAUCAUCCAGAUCUGGAAAACGGAAGGAACCUUCAUGGAGAGAAUUAAGAAGCUCACCACCCCGGCCGCCGACCUGAGGAUGAGAGGGCAGCUCGGGGCCAAGAGUCCGUACGCCGUCAACGACGCUGAUGCCAAAAUGAGGGCGGACGGCAAGAUCUCCACCAUCACAGAGAAGGAGACGCAUUUCUAAACCAGUACCUGCAGUACGAGACACGUCACAAGCACCGCCAGGAAUGCAAACGAACAGAACUUAAAGCUCACUUUUAUUUUUGGAGAGAAAUUUAUGAAAUCACGUUCUUAGUCUUGCCCUUUUUGCACAACUGAUUAACAUCACCAUCCAUCACCAGUUAACACCAUUAUUAAACACCGUUUAUAUCAGAUUAUAUCAAAACUAGACUGUUAAAGGUGAUCCUGUAAUUGUUGCUAUUUUUGUGACACUAGUGAUUACUGUACUUAAAGUGAAGCCAAGGUAAAAAUGUGCUGUAAAAUGUUUCUGCAUUCGGUCUCUUGGCGACGGCGUUACUCUGUAGGAGAUAAUUCUAAUGUGUAGAAGAUCCAUCUCGGACCAUUCCAAACUUUACAGGUGUGUUUGUAGAGGAUUCUUACGCUGCGUUCACACAGCAGGUAAAAGUGGCACGAAAAAUUGUCCAAAUUCUUUUGAUCAAAUCUGUUUUGUUUUUUUUUAGGCUGAUCACAUGGUCAUGUGAUUUAUAUUCGACAUUGGUAUAAACAGAGUUGACACUUCUUAAGUGCGGCUCAUUUGCUAAAAAGCAGCGCUUCACGUGAAGUUUCAGUUUCACUCUCUUCUUCAGGAUCACAGGAGCUAUCAAGGAGUUCCAGUGACUGCAGCUGGGCAUAUCAGAGAGAAUAUUAUAUUUUAGUUUUUUUUUCCAUCCUGCGGCUGUAUUUGACCUUGUCUUUAGAAAUUCUGAGCAGUUGUAACACGAGCAUUCUAAUAUUAUUGGAAAAGAGAAAUCAAUCCAAAUAUUUUUGAGCUCUGAUACCUCACUGUGCCACAACUGAACCCUUUCCUCACUGCUGUCAUCCAUUUCCCCUUCUUAUUUCAGUUUUUUUUUCCUUUCUCCUUGGCGUACAAAAGUCCAAAUUCUGAUCUAGCCGUAUUGGAUUUCAGUACCAUAUAUUAAAGCAUCCCAAAUCAUAAUUAAAAUGUCAGAUUUCUAGCAUUUUUGCUAUAACAUAUUGUAUCAAAAGUGAACUGAUCAACUUUUAUCUGCUGUGUGAACGCAACCUUAAAGGUUACUAGACGUACAACCUUAAGCCUAAACCCAGUUCUGGUGAAAUUCUCUGUCCUUUGGCUAGCACUGCCUCGCAGGACGAGCACGGUGUGACCGACCCAUUCUCCUCAGUGUUGUUGUGUACGACACACAUUUGCUGUUAUUUCACAGAGAUUAAAGUAAAUUUAAUGGAAGGUGACAGCCUGAGCGCAGCUCUUCAGUUCUUCACUUUUACUCUUUUAUCCGGAUCAUUUAGUAAAUGUUGAAUACUGUAGUGGUGAACUCACACUGUCAGGGUUAAUAAGGGCAGGCUGGUUGAUGAUAAGCUGGUGGCCCAACGGUGGCUGUCGAGGUUUUUUGUGUUUUUAUUUAGAUAAAGUGAAUGGUUUUGAUUGAGAUCAGGUUUUGGUCCCACUUUAUACUAUAUAAAGUGUCUGUAAUAACUGUAGUUAUGUAUUUACAGUCAUGCAUUUACAAUGUAGCUACUAGUGAUUUACUUCUGUAUACGGAUUACAGCACAUUACCUUAAUUACAUUUGUUUAUCUGCUCCAGAGAGUCCUAUUCUACUGGCAAUAUUUCUUUCUCUACAGUAUCUAGAGAAGACGUGUGCAUUUCCACAGCCUGUAGUAGCUGCAUGCAUUCAUUAAAAGAUUUACCACAAAUAAUUGGACAUAAACCUUUCAACAUUCAGGGGAAGGAAUAAACCUUCACUUUUAGAUUUAGUCAAAGUAAUUAGUGCAUUUUAAGUCAAUUUAAAUAGGAUUUCUUGCAACACUUCACACAGUUCAAGUUUUAGAAGUUCCUACAAAAAGAGCUAAUCAGCUUGCUGUUAAUUAUGCUAAAUAGGGCGAAGGGAUAUGGAGAUCUGCGCAAUCGCAGCAACCAUAAAAAGCCAUACAAUCAAAUAAAAUCAAUUUUUUGGGUCUAUUAUUAAUCCAUAUUUUUUAUCAUAUAUAAUCAGUGAUUCCAAAAAAUGGUUCUGAAAUGGUCAUUUGACCUUCAGUUUCCAAUAUUUUGGUCUCCGUCCGUUCAUAGAGAUAGGAGUCUGGUCUUAUAUGACUGGUGAUAUCUGGUCGUCAGUGUUGCAGAGAUCGCCACGUAGUGAACAGACAUGCCUGGUAGGACUUUAUUGACUUACAUUGGGAGCAGAGUGUCAACGCAGCCAAUCAGAGAGCAGUGGGCGUAUCUGUUAGAUACCUUCAGUGUGGAGGACUUCAAAUUUUGUCUGCAUCUGAACACAAGCUAUAUAAUACCAGUCUAAAAACCUGCUGUGUUUGUCUUACAGGUUCGUAGGUACCAGUGUUUAAAUUAGCUAAGAAGAACAUAGCGCUACAAGCUAAUGCUGUUAUUGCGUUGAUAAUUAAUGCAUAAUUAUACAGUUAUUAGCGACACUACACAUAAAGUGGGACCCAUGUUUAGGUCUUUGCAGUAAAGGAAGUAUAUGGAUGCAGUAUAGCUUAAUAUGCCAUAUGAGAUAUAAGUGCUGGAACCAGGUUAAGUGAAUAUGGGCCUCAGGAUUGAGAAAGACGGAAGGUGAGAAGGUGGUAAUGGGGUUAUGCAGUAGAACGGUUGAACGGGUUAAAGCUAACAUGCUAGCAGCUUUUACGACAUAUAUUAUAUACUAUGUUUUUACCCCAGUAUCAGCUAAUUUGAGGAAUUCAGAGGAAGUACUGUUUUGUUGUAGAUGGAUAAAUAGCAGUGUUUAGACUGGAGAUAUAGAGUAAAUAGAUUUAUAACUAUAUAAAAGGAGCUGUAGAUGGUUAAUUCAAGUUAUUUUAGACAUAAAAGAAGAGAAUAAGAAUAAGAGUUAAAUUAAGCUUUUCAGGAUGGGAACCAACGCAACCAACUCAACCCUCUCAACCAGUCUAUUUCAGCACUACGUUAAUGGAGAUGCACUGUGAACCCUGUGCUGCACAUGCAUGUGAUCUUUGGUAUGGUCUCGCUCCAUCGUGACAUAUCGUCACCUCAGUUUGUGCAAGUAAAACUGUUUCACAUUUUAAUAGCCAGUUUUAACUUUUGGGAUUGAUGUAUAUUUUUACAUCUGGUUAGAUUUGUGUGUGUGUGUGUGUGUGUGUGUCUGUGUGUAUGUGUGUGUGUGUGCGUGUGUGUGUCUGUGUGUGUGUGUGUGAGUAUGAAUGAGAUGAAUAAAAAAAAAGAAAAGUGUUUCUCUGAAGACUUUUGAUAUGUCAUUCCACACGGUGUUCUUAUAAAGAUUUAGAGACGUAAUGUGAAUGUUAUAUGUGCUGUUUACACAGAUUUUGGUAUUCACAGGACAUAAAAAUGAUCUGCUUACUCAUUUUUAAAAAUAAAAGUUAAAAAGAAA